AUGGCUCGCUUCGUCGACCUCGAGGAGAGCGGUGACGAUGAAGCUUUGGGCGAGGACCAUGUGCAGAGGGAACUUCAGAUACGGGCUGCGACCGGCGGCACGGCUUCGUGCGCCAUGGUCAACCCUGACGAGACUCCGGGACGGCCACCGACCAUCUCCAACGUCAUCACCGAGGCCUUUUCCUGCUAUCCCAUCGUCAUCGCCAUCGUCUCGUCCAUCGACCUCACCACCCUCGACGCGUUGGCUCGCACCUCGCGUGCCAUUCACAACGGCCUCGUGCAGUUCCACGACAUCCUGCUCGCCUCGACGCUACGCUGCUCCAACGACAGCGUCCCCGUCGACGGCGACCAGGUUCUGCGGUACCGAGCUCGCGCGAGCAGCUGGCGCCACAUGGAGGAUGGCCACGGCCACCGCGGCAAGUACGGGAGCUGCGCCCGGGACAUGGUGGACGAAUGUCGCCGGUGCGGCCACGUCGUCUGCAGGAACUGCGCCAUGAAGGCGCCGGCGCCCGUCGCGCUUCGUGAGCGGCACCGCCGACUCUGCGUCGCGUGCUCGCGCGCGCCCAUCCCUCAGCUCCUCCAUCCACCCCUGGACGCGGGCACCUCCGUCUCCUCCGAGGCGGUCCGGCGCGCCAUCUGCCGGUGCGACUCCGCAGGCGUCUGGCUCUGCCUUGCCUGCGGUCGCAACAUUCGCGGCGCCGACCACGAGUACCAACGCAUAUGGCGCUGGAGAAACCAGUACGGCGAAGCUCUCGGCGGCUUGGGCACCGGCAUCGGCGACGGCGACCGGGGCGUCAUCUGCGGCCGCGAGCAGAACUGCCUCGCCGCCCGGGACCUCGAGCAGGAGAUUGACUGCGACGCCGAGGACGUGCGCGACACCGGCCACGCGCCGUGGCACGCCGAGCUCCCAUCGCCGGCUUCCCCGGCGACGACGUCCUCGAUGGCUUCCGCCGGCACCCACGGGUCUCCGUUUGGCGCCAACACGCCCAUCACGUCGCUCAUGGACGAGUUCCGACACGAGAACGAGCGUACGCCGUCGCCGCAGCACGGCCCGGGAUAUGAGCGCCACGAGAUUGAGGGGAUCGGCGGGAGGGUGAAGCGCAAGCUCGUGCGCAUCGUGCGCGUCGGUGCCUGCGUGCCCGAGAGGAUCGACGAGCAGGGCUGCGGCGGCGACGGUGUGCUCGCGGCGGAGACGACGGGCAUCGCUCGAAGCUGGUGCGGGUGGUGCUGGAGGGUCAUUCCGGGCAGAAAGGACAUUGACGGCGGGGAGGAGUCCUGCGGCGGCGGCGGCGGCGGCGGAAGCCCUCUCGGUGACCCCAGCCACGCUGGCUGUCGUUGA